UACGCUCGCAGGCGUCUCACUCACCUCGUCUCGUGGACCACGCUCCAUCAUGUUACGCUCGCAGGCGUCUCACUCACUUCGUCUCGUGGAUCAUGCUCCAUCAUCUGCUCGCAAGCAUCAAUGUCUAUUUCCGUCCCAAACAAACCACGCUCGCAAGUGUGGAUGUCUAUUUCUGUCCCACAAACAAUCCAUGCUCACAGCGUGGAUGUCUCUCUCAACACAGGCCCGGUGUCUACGUUGAGAUGCUUUCAGGGUCUUUACCCUCGCCCACCUCUUUCUCGUCAGUUCCUCGUUCGAGGCUGGCAAAGUAUAAAAGGAGCG